GAGAGAGAGAGAGAGAGAGAGAGAGAGAAAAACGGCUCUCAGCAAAGCAACAAGAAGGAAGAGCAAUGGCGACACUGGAUCGCCAAAUACCAAGUCCGGAUACUUUUUUGUGCGAACCUUGGUCUUCCUUCGUCAGUGCGACUAAAUUACGUUUUGUUGAUAACGCAGUCUCGUCUUCGGAUAAGGACGACGCCGACUCUCGCUGCCCCGCCGAAGCCGCGAAACUCGGCAGAAACGAGAUGCUUGUCUGCACCCAUUUCCCUGCUUUGGAGGAUUUUUGUCUUGUUGUCUGCCAUGUCUGCAGUAAGGUGGUGACUCCUCAGGGCAUCCUCACACAUUACGAGAAGCGACAUAGCUCCCCAAUCCCCUCCAGGAGCCCUCUGCUUCCCAUGAAGCCCAAAGCGCCUGCGGUGACCUCCGCUGUGGCCCCCAGCCCGGGGGACUCCCUGGCUUUCAGGGUCCCCAAAGACUACCCUCACUCCCGCUUCAGCAAGGCGCCGCUUGCCGUCUACCCACCGAAAGGAGCAAGGAACAAGACAUGUGUAUCGUUACCGGUCGUGAGCUUGGAGAAGAUGUCCUGUCUGAACCGAGCAGACUCGAUGUCGCACGUUCGCCUCAACUCCUCGUCCUCCUCUUCUUCGUCCUCAUCCACGCUCUCACCGCUCAAAUCUUCCUCCUUCGCCCCGCCGGCCUCCCAGCGCUCUGGCGAAAAGCUCACCAACGGCCGUGGCAGCAGCGGCGGCCCCCCCACGCCGCGCUCCAUCACGCCUCCCUCUUCCCUGGACAGGCGGCCGAGCCCGGCCCGAUCGCCCCUGGACAGACGGGCGCCGUCGACGGCGUCUCCCUCCCCGAUGGACAAGAAGCCCUCUCUCUCGCCCUCCCAGAGGUCCGUCGCUCUCCCGUCGUUGCCGUCGCUUUCGCCUUUGGAGAAGAAGCAACAGAACGGAACCAAGACCCCCGCUAGGCCGCACAAGAGAGCCUCAGGGAGAGUCUUUGAUCCCGACAAGCAUUGCGGCGUGCCCGACCCCGAGACUAAACGCUCCUGCACGCGCUCGCUCACCUGCAAGACUCACUCCCUAACCCAGCGCCGCGCGGUCCCCGGCCGAAGCCGGCUGUUUGACGUGCUGCUGGCCGAGCACAAGGGGCUGGCGAAGGAGAGGGAGGCUCUGAAGGAGAAGGAGAAGAAAGCGGCGCAGAGAGGGAAGGAAGCGUGCGGACAGAGCGUCGCGCCUCAAGACACGGCGAGUCCCAGCAAGCCCCACUGCCCCGGUGAACGGCCGCUGUCCUCGCUGAAGCUGCGGCUUGCAAACGCACACAUACCGAGAGUUCCAGGCGGCCCCUCCUCAUCCUCCUCAUCCUCCUCCUUCUCCGCCUCCAGUCCUCUGCCUCCAGCGGCACCUCCUGCCGUGGUGCCCGUCCCGGAGCCGUCUCCCAGCGGCUGGGCGAAUGCAGCGGGGGACAGCGGCCGGCUUUCCAGCGACGAGGGAGACGCGGAGACCCCGGAUGACGCCGACAGGCCUCCCCUGCUCUACUCCAGUCAUCAUCCACGGCCUUCAGGGUUUUGCGUCUUCAGCAGCCGGCUCGUGGGUCCGGGCUAUUACGUGUUCGACAGGCGGUGGGACAGGAUGAGGGUGGCGCUGCAGAGCAUGGUGGAGAAACACCUCAACGCGCAGAUGUGGAGGAAGGUGCCUCUGGCUGCCGAGGGCCUCCCCUCCAACUCCACGUCCGUUGCCGCCUCAGUUACCGCGCACCAGGCUCCUCCCUCUACCGUCCUGUCCUCCCCCUCUAACAGCCUCACCUACACCGCCACGUUGCCACAGUCGACGUCGGCAGCCGGACUGUGCGGCGUCAGAGACUCGCCGGGAAAAGCCCGGAACGUCUCGCACAGAGUCGGCCGCUCGCCCAAAGACCCGGACGUUCCAGCGGCGGGGUCGAAAAAGAGAAAGAACUCUUCGCACCCUUCAUCAUCGUUCUCGCCGUCGCCACUUCAGACCGUGGACGUCCACAGACGGAACGGCAGCAGCUUUCAUCAGACAUUUCAAGGCUUUGGGGUGGCCAGAGCUUCCCCGGCCAAAAACAAGGGACCUCGAGCGGGAAGCGGGGUUCUGAGCAGCUCAGACGACUGGCUGUCCAGAGCAGAGCGAAGCCACAACACACAGAACUGUCGUGAACUUGGCACCAGCAGUCUAACCUACCCGGCCAGGGAACCGUCCUCAGGCCCCCACCAGCCCAUGCCUCCGCCUUCAGGACCCUUAGCUUACGGCGGAGGAGCAGAGGGAAGGAAGAGGAGGAGUCCCAGCUCCUACAAAGGGAAAUCCAGCAAAGCGAGCCGUCCGGGCGGACUGGAGAGCCUCUUUGGGAAGGGAAACGACGGCAUGGGGAUCUUGGCGUCGGGGCCUGAGUCGCCCAGACAGACCAAGUUGAAUCACUGACAGAAAGCUGUUGUGCGGACAGAACGUCGGGCAGCUCUUCAGGCCACCACCAUUUGUGACCUUUGACUUCACCACUCUUCCAGCGACGGCUUCAGUGUGACGACACGGUGGGGGGGGGGUCCUGUCAGGAGUCUCCCAUGCCUCUCUCUUUGAUUGUGGUUUUUACAGAACAAGUUGACAAAACAACAACAAAAAUAAACAACAAUUGUUUGUAAAGGGAAUUCGCCGACGACUCCGGCGCUGCAGAAGAUUCUGGAGAAUGAUGAGUUUUGUUUCCAGUCUGCUGGGCAAAGAAAGACAACUGUGAUUGUUUUUCCAGGACCGCCCGACACAACUACUGUGGGACUUUAUCUAUGCCACUCUGUUGCUCCCACUGGCCUUUUCUCUCAUUCUGGCUCUUUCCGCCUUUUAGUCUGAGAAGGGGAGCGACGACAGCGAGUUUGGCUGGGUUUUAGCCAGUUCUCUCCCCUUUUCUUUGUCUCCCUGCGUACCCAGCAGCUUUGUCCGUUUCCCUCCGUUUCUGUCCCAGCAUGCCUGUGUUCCAAGUGCACUUACUGUCCUGAGUUCCUCGGCUGAUUCCCCCCGACCCCCGCCUUCUGCGUCGGUGCCACGCAUAAGUCCUGCUCGCGCAAAACGGAGGGAAGGAAGUGUUCGUGUUACCAAUGAUGCCACAUCGGUGCGUUGUAUUUCAAUACCGGAUAAAGUUUGACUUUAUUCACUUUGGUUUUUCUUCUUCUUCUUUCUGAUUUUGAUGGACUAGCAUCCAAAAUGGAAUUAUUACAAUGGUGUUGGAUUGCUUUGGGGGGGGGUUUUGUAUAAUAAUUUAUCAUUCUUAAAUAAUGUUUGGUAUCGAAGUGACCAUUAAGGUUUGAGCUACAGAGACUUCUUUUUUUUUUUUUUUAGUAUAAUAAAAAAAUAUAUAGAAUUUAUAUGGCAUUUUUCAAGAAAUGUUGAAAGUAUUAUAGUUCAUAUUUGUACAUAUGUUAUUAUUUUUGUAUUUAUUAAUAAUUCUUCCCUUUUACUAAAUGAGGCCAAGAGAUAUGUUUCCCUUCCUAUUUUGGUCUAUGUCUAACAGUAAUGAAGAGCUUGGCCUGGUGUCUCAAAAUUAUAUAUAUAUAUAUAACUGUAUAUAUAUAUAUAUGCUACUUGCUACUGAAACUCUUUGUUUCAGUAGCAAGUUGAUGCCAAUAAAUGAUGCGCACAAAGCCAGGUGUAAACGUUUGGCAACUGCUGCUUUUUAUGUUUUAUUUUCAUCUAGUUGCUUUGCAAGUUGACAACGAUAAGUGUUCGGUUUAAGGGAAAGUUAAGUGUUCACUUCUGUUCCAUCUGUAAGCAUGCUCCUCACCCUCCAUACUUAUUAGCACCCUCGUUACGGCCUUAAAGCAAAUUGAUAGUCGACUGAUUUUUGCAUAAAUCUCACACUGGAAAAUGGAGAUGAGAAUUCAGUCAGAAAUGGGGAAAAAAAUCCUUUUGAUCAUUUUGAAGUUUAGCCCGGAAGUUUAAUUUAGUGAUUCGCGAUUCCGUUUCUUUGGCUAGAAAUACGACGCUACUUGUUACCAAGUUUACGUGGCUGCCGAUAAUAUACAAGCUAGCUGUUCAGGAGGCAGAGCAGGGCAAAACAUUUUCUGUCCUACCACUACAAACAUAAAUAAGUGAAAUCUGGCAUUAAACAACGGUUGGCUGUUAAAAAAAAAGCCUCUUCUGGCCACCAGUCAGUACAGUAGAGGGUUUAACAUGCUUUGGGCCUGUUCCCAUUCCAGGUGCAGAGGAUUUUGGAAACCUCUCCAACCUUGUGAAGUGUUGUAAAAAAUAUAUAUAUAUACUAAAAGACUGUCCUGCUUUUUUAUUUUUUGUCAAUAAUGUAGGAUUUCAUCCCCACUGAAUAGUCUUAAAUCAAAAAGUGAAUUUUUCCAAAAUUAUUAACUGUGAGAAUCUGCUAUUCCACAAUAAUCUCCAUUUAUUUUAAUAAUGUUUCCACGUUAUUACCAAGAUUAUUUUUUUUUUUUUUUAUUUCCUUUAUUUAACCAGGUAAACCCCAUUGAGAUCUAGAUCUCAUUUUCAAGAGGGUUCUGGGCAGAAGUCUGCAAUACACAGCAACCUGGUUACAAAAUAAACUAAAUGCCAAUGAGUGUGAUGGGUGUUUGUUAAUGAUGCUAAGUUUCAGGUAUUGUUUAUCAUCAUGCAAACUAAGCAGUACUACUUACUGUAGAUUUCUAAGCAUGGUCCGGUCCAACAUUCACUCAAACGCCACUUGUACACUUUAGAUCUUUCACUAAGUUCUUACUUGGGAGCUUUUCACAUAUAAACUUUCCCAAAGUCCAAUCCUUUACAAAGGUAAUGCACCAUUUCAUCUAUUGAGCUAAAAGGUACUCAGUAUAUUUAAUAUUUUUGUUGUGAAGCCUUAUUUAUUUUCAUACCAACAAGCCCACCUACUACUUAUUCCCCCUCCCAAAGUUGUAAAGUUUUUUGGGGUUUUUUUUAUCUCUCUUUAUCUUCUGAGGCCCGUCGGUCUCGUCUCAGUGCGAUUAUGUGGGUUGUGAUACGUCAAGUCAAAACUGGGUCAAAAAUGCUCUCGCUUACUUCCGGCAAGGUACAGUUUUCUUUCUGCGGCAGCUGAGUGGGCCACUGCUCUGGAACUGCAGCGGUAGCCAUUCCUGUGAGUCGCUUUCCUCUUUAAAUAUGCAUCACAUCCGCGUCAUCUGGUGGCAAAUCUCAACAGCCAAAGAAAAUACUGAAGCAGUGAGUUUUAAAUGAGUUCUGUCGGAUCUUUAGCGGCAUCUUUUGUAAAUGUGGAGAGAAAACUUAUUUGGUAAAAGUUAGAAUACUGAAAUUGAGCAAUAUGUCUUUUUUUUUUUUUCAGUACACCGCCCACGCAUGUGGACUCCCUGAUAAUAGAAAAGUAACUGAAAACCUUUGGUUGAACCCCACAGCAGCGUAGCGAUCCUCUCAACCUGCGGUACAACAGCUUCUGUGACGACUCAACUUUGUGUUUAAGCACUAAGAACGAACAAAUUGUACAUAAUCGGUUGUGUCUGAUUCAUGUUUCUGUUCCCAAGUACUAUAAAGUGCUUCCUGCCAUGACACUUUUAUCGAUCGGUGUGUGAAAAUUUGUUGUUGGCAGUUGUUGGCACCUCUCGUAAAAAUGUGUGAAAAUCCAUAAAACUUUUCUUGCAGUAGCGUAACCUGGCACUGAACACAGAGAGUCCCUUUGGAGAAGAUAUAUGGGCCCCACAGCAUGACAGAUCCUCCAUCAUGCUUAACAAUUAGUGUGAGGUACUUUUUUAAAUUUUUUUUUUAAAAACACAUAUCUAUCACUUUGUAUUAUGGAGAUUUUGUUUCUGAAACGUUUUGCAGUUCCAGAUGACCUCUUUCAUUAGGACGAAAUGGGCCCAUUUCCUUUGGAUGCUCUGUAAAAUGGAGAAAAAAACAAGAGAACAGAUUAAGUCAGGUAGAUAUCCACUUCUCGUCACAAUUUGAAAUAUUUCUGCGAACUUCCUCCCCUAAAAUACAGUAGGCUUGUUUUUUUUUGUUUGUUUGUUUUUGUUUCUUAAUAUCAUAAAGGUGUAAAUCAUAUUCUGUUUGUUUCCAGUAACCUGAAACUGACCUUUUUUUUUUUUUUUAGAAGGAUAGCAAUUUAAAACUUAUUGCCAAAUCAACACAAAUAGUUGUCAUCAGAAAAGGGUUUUGCAUUCACCUUAACUUGUGGUGCCAAUAAUUUUAGAGUGUGCUGAAACUGCUUGGGCCAGUUGAGUAAACCCAUUCAGUCUUGUGCUUGUUUCUGUUUAGAAACUCAUGGUUUCUUUAGGUGCAGUUCCAGUCUCCCAUGCUUGCAAGAAGAAUGUCUAAUUUGCAGGUUAAGAGCUUAUUUGUUGUAGCUAAAUAGCCUUUUUUUUCUUUUUGAAAUUACAGAAAUGGGAAGCUACCGUUUUCUCGCAGCUGAAAUUGAGUAAAAAGCUUAUACCUAGUGUAAAAUGUUGUCAAAUUCUCUUUUGCACUUUCUCAAAUUGACUAAUAUUAAAAAAGAUCUGAAAGUGUUUCUAGGUUUUACAGCAAAAAACAAUAUGUUUAUCUUUUAUCGGUCGCCCAAAAUACCCCAAAAACCAGCACACUGUUGUAUUCCGAUCCACCUGUGGUGAAUGUUGAAUGUCCAGGGGGAAAAAUGCCUUCUAAGAUUUUGUUGGUUUAUGAAAUCUUGGUGCAGGUUGGUUUUUUUUUCUGUUUGUUUUCUUUUUUGACAAACCAAUGUAAUAAAUACUGUAAAAAUGUCUUAUAUUCAAGCUUUUAUUAAAAGAUUGAAAGAGGGGGUGGUGGUAUUUGUAAAUUGAAUAUGCAGCAUUGAAAUUCUAUUGAGCUGCUGCUGAGUGGUUUUUUUUAUUAAUAUUGCAUAGCAUGCUUGUCAAUGCAAUGAUCUGUUGAAUGUUUGAAAGUUUACAGUGAAAAUAUAAAACUGAAGCUCUUCCUACUU